AUGGUAACUUCUGGCGAAAUCUCUAAGCUCCAUUUCUUCUUCUUCCCUUUCAUGGCUCACGGCCACAUGAUCCCAACUCUUGACAUGGCCAAGCUUUUCGCCACCAAAGGUGCUAAAUCCACGAUCCUCACUACACCCCUCAACGCCAACCUCUUCGAGAAACCCAUCAAAUCAUUCAACCAUCAGAACCCGGAGCUCGAAGACAUCACCAUCCAGAUCCUCGAUUUCCCUUGCACAGAGCUCGGUUUGCCCGAAGGAUGCGAGAACACCGAUUUCAUCUACUCUAGCCCUGACCUAAGCAAAGGUGACUUGAAUCUUAAGUUUUUACUCUCAAUGACAUACUUCAAAGAGCAACUAGACCAGCUCCUCGAGACAGUCAGACCAGACUGUCUCGUCGCCAACAUGUUCUUCCCUUGGGCGACUGAAGUCGCUGAGAAGUAUAACGUACCGAGACUUGUGUUCCACGGCACAGGCUACUUCUCUUUAUGUGCUUCUCAUUGCUUAAGGCUGCACAAGCCUUACAAGAACGCAGCCUCCAGUAGUGAGCCUUUUGUGAUUCCUGAUCUCCCAGGAGACAUUGUGAUUACAGAGGAACAGGUCAUAGAGAAAGAGGAAGAGUCUGUGAUGGGGAAGUUCAUGAAGGGAAUGAGAGAAUCAGAGAGAAACAGCUUUGGUGUGUUGGUGAACAGCUUCUACGACCUUGAACCUGCUUAUUCCGAUUUCUUCAAGAUCUCCGUGGCGCAAAGGGCUUGGGAUAUAGGUCCGCUUUCUUUAGGCAACAGAGAAUUCAAGGAGAAAGCAGAGAGGGGUAAAAAGGCGAGCAUCGAUGAGCACGAAUGUUUGAAAUGGCUCGAUUCCAAGAAACCUGAUUCAGUGAUUUACAUCUCCUUUGGAAGCAUGUCGAGCUUCACCAACGAGCAGCUGAUAGAGAUUGCAGCUGGUUUAGAAAUGUCAGGACAUGGUUUUGUAUGGGUGGUUAGCAAAAAUGGCAGCCAAGGUGAGAAGGAAGAGUGGUUACCAGAAGGGUUCGAAGAGAAGACGAAAGGAGAAGGAUUGAUAAUACGAGGGUGGGCGCCGCAAGUGCUGAUACUAGACCACCAAGCCAUUGGAGGAUUCUUGACGCAUUGUGGAUGGAACUCGCUGCUAGAAGGAGUAGCAUCGGGCCUGCCGAUGGUUACAUGGCCCGUGGGAGCCGAGCAGUUCUACAACGAGAAAUUGGUAACACAAGUGUUGAAGACAGGAGUGAGUGUGGGAGUGAAGAAGAUGUCGAGAGUCGUUGGAGAUUUCAUUAGCAGAGAUAAAGUGGACAGAGCGGUAAGAGAAGUGAUGGCUGGAGAAGAGAGGAGGAAACGGGCGAAGGAGCUAGCGGAAAUGGCGAAAGACGCAGUUAAAGAAGGAGGGUCUUCGGAUUUGGAGUUGGAUAGGUUGAUGGAAGAGAUUAAGUUGGUUAAGUUGCAAAAUGAAAAGGACCAACGCCAAACAAACAUGAGUAGUGAUCCUCGUCACAAGCUCCAUGUUAUGUUCUUCCCUUUCAUGGCUUAUGGCCACAUUAUACCAACUCUAGACAUGGCUAAGCUUUUCUCUACCAGAGGAGCCAAAUCCACAAUCAUCACCACACCUCUCAACUCCAAGAUCCUCCAAAAGCCCAUCGACCUAUUCAAGAACCUGAACCCGAGUCUCGAAAUCGACAUCCACAUCUUCGAUUUCCCUUGCGUGGAGCUCGGGUUACCAGAAGGAUGCGAGAACGUCGAUUUCUUCACCGCAAACAACAAUGAAGACAGAGAGUACAUAACCUUAAAGUUCUUUUUGUCGACAAGGUUUUUCAAAGACCAGCUUGAGAAACUCCUCGAGAAAACAAGGCCGGACUGUCUUAUCGCCGACAUGUUCUUCCCAUGGGCUACCGAAGCUGCUGACAAGUGCCAUGUGCCAAGACUUGUGUUCCACGGCACUGGCUACUUCUCUUUAUGCGCUGGUUAUUGCAUCAAAGUUCACAAACCACAGAACAGAGUAGCUUCGAGCUGUGAGCCAUUUCUGAUCCCUGAUCUCCCUGGGGACAUAGUGAUAACUCAAGAACAGAUCAUUGACGGCGACAACGAAUCCGGGAUGGGGAAGUUUAUGAUCGAGGUGAGAGAAUCAGAAGUGAAGAGCUCAGGUGUUGUUGUGAACAGCUUCUACGAGCUUGAAUCUGAUUACGCAGAUUUUUACAAGAGAUUCGUGGCGAAAAGAGCGUGGCAUAUCGGUCCCCUCUCUGUUAUAAACAGAGGAUUUGAGGAGAAGGCUGAGAGAGGAAAGAAAGCGAGUAUCGAUGAGGCCGAGUGCCUCAAAUGGCUUGACUCCAAGAAACCAGAUUCAGUCAUUUACAUUUCGUUUGGGAGCGUGGCUUCCUUCAAGAACGAGCAGCUGAUAGAGAUCGCUGCGGGUUUAGAAGCUUCUGGUAUAAAUUUCAUCUGGGUUGUUAGGAAAAACACAGAUGAGAAAGAAGAAUGGUUACCAGAAGGGAUGGAGGAGAGGACGAAAGGGAAAGGGAUGAUAAUAAGAGGAUGGGCUCCACAGGUGCUGAUACUUGAGCACCAAGCAACCGGAGGGUUCGUGACCCAUUGCGGUUGGAACUCGCUUCUUGAAGGAGUGGCUGCAGGGUUGCAGAUGGUGACGUGGCCGAUUGGAGCGGAGCAAUUCUACAACGAGAAGUUGGUUACACAAGUGCUCAGGACGGGAGUGAGCGUGGGAGCCACAAAGCAUGUAAAAGUUAUGGAAGAUUUCAUAAUUGGCAGAGAGAAAGUAGAGAAGGCUGUGAGAGAGGUGUUGCUUGGGGAAGAGGCGGAGGAGAGGCGCACACGGGCAAAGAAAAUGGCGGAGAUGGCUAAAGCCGCCGUGGAAGAAGGAGGGUCUUCUUUUAACGAUCUAAACAACUUCAUUCAAGAGUUUAGCCCAUAA